GCGUCCCUCGCGCCGGCCAUUUCCUCAAUUCUCCGAUGAAUCUGCCGGCCGCCAUCGUCCUCCUCAGCUUUGCAUCCGGCUCGGCGAUUAGCAGCCCACCGCGGCCUGCGAUGCGAGCCGACCGCCGUCUCGCCGCCUCAGCCAGGUUCCGGCUGCGCGGAGGCGCAGCAAAGAUGAGCUUUGCCACAAGCGUCGCCCCGGUCCUCGGCGCGACGAUGGCGAACGUCAUGUUCGCGUCCGGCUUCCCUGAGGUGCUCGCCAAGCGCAGGGAGGGAAAGCUCGGCGACUAUAACCCGCUGCCCACCCCAAUCGUCUUUGGCAACUGCCUCGGCUGGCUGUCGUACGCGCUGCUCUCCAAGGACCCGUACGUGACGGCGGCCAACGUGCCCGGCCUGCUGCUCGGCUUUUGGUACGUCCUCACCUGCCUGCCGCUUGCGUCCAAGCCCGUCGCAAAGCAGAUGGAGGUCACCUUCCUGGUCCUGGCCGCCAUCCACGCGGCGACGGCGGUCGCGUGCGCCUUCUUCGUCCCCACCCGCGCCGGCAUGGCCUCCCUCUACGGCAUCGUCUCCAACCUGAUCCUGCUGGCAUACUAUGGCGCGCCGCUCUCGUCCAUCGGCAAGGUGCUCAAGGACCGAUCGGCCGCCUCCAUCUACUUCCCUACCGUGGCGGCCAACGGGCUCAACGGGGCCUUCUGGUCGGUGUACGCCCUCGCAAUCAAGGACUGGUACCUCCUCGUCCCGAACGCGAUCGGCGCCGUCCUCGCCGCGAUCCAGACAAUGCUGUGCGCGGCUUUUGGCAAGUUUAGCGGCGGCGAGGCAAAGUGAGCGAGAGGGUGGUGUGUGGUCCUCGCAGAGCAGAACUGGCAAAGACCUUCCGGCGCGCGCAGGCGCGGCAAGUCGUCGCAACUGAGACCGGAGGGAGGCGGAGGGGCUCCCUCUCAGAAUCAGAAUCCUGUCUUCCUCACCCUGUCUCACGUGUGUCACGUCAGCAGCCCUCCCUCUUUGCUGCAGGUCUAUCAGAGUGCUCGUGUUGAUGGCUUACUCAUUUUUAGUAUAAUUCCAACAAAACUCAAAA